AUAAAAGUAUAUAAAGCGAGUCUAAAAAUAGAGCAACUGUUCAAUAGUCGAUCACUUCAUAACAUGCGCUUAUCAAACCUAAUAUUAUUCGACAAAAUAGAAAGACGCUACACAUGGAGGGAGAUCAUUCAUAAAUCCAUUCCUCACAAUUUAUCUGCUUAGCCAUCUUUCCUCUAACCUCUCGUUUUAUCGUGUAAAAAGGUAUAGUCUAUCUCCCUUACGCAAGGCACAGUUUUCUCACUAUCGUUCAAAAAGUGCAUUUGAUUAAUGGCUACUUGAAAUUUUGACAUUUCGCCGUGCACUGAUUUCGAAUACGAAAAUUUACGUUUAUCGCGUAUUUUUCUCGUAAUUUUUGAAUGAAAACCGAACGCUAUUUUUCGUUUCACUAAAUUAUAUCGAAGUUGGUUUGGAGACGUGAAUUUUAAUUGUAUCUCUGAAGAAAAACCACCAUAACUAUUCAAGCGAAAGAUUAAUUUGUUGCUUCGUUUAUUUUUCUAAUUAAAAAACUAUGAGUGCCCUGAGGGAUUGUGCUUUUGGUUUUUUUCAAUUUGUUUGUGGUUAGUGACCUUGUGUUAAGAAUCUCAAUGUAAAUUAUUAAGAAAUUAUUUAAUAUUUCACUAUGAAAGAACAUUAAUAAGUUUUUCUCAGGAAUUUAUAAGUGAGUGUGUUAAAAUGGUUACGAUGAAUUCAAAUGAGAAGACGGCUCAGAAGGCCUGUCAGCAGGGACCUUCCAAAGAGGUGGCAAAAUCAGGAAAAGAUGAUAAGGAAAAUGAGAAGAAAGAAAAGAAAGACAGAGAGAGCAUGAUAGCUAACAUGCCACCCAGUGUUCAGGCACUGAUGGCUACAGUACCUUCACCAGAAGAAUCGCCUAACUAUCUGGCAUAUAAGAAGAUGGAAGCUAUCAUAGAGAAAAUGCAAGAUGAAAACACAGGGGUGCCUGUUCGUACUGUCAAGAGCUUUAUGAGUAAAAUACCAUCCGUUUUCACUGGCUCAGAACUGGUGGCAUGGUUGACCCGUCAUCUCAAUCUGGAAGACGCUUGGGAGGCUCUGCACCUGUCUCAUCUUUUGGCAGCUCAUGGCUACUUAUUCCCUAUAGAUGAUCAUUGUCUGACGGUGAAGAAUGAUAAUACCUAUUAUAGGUUCCAAACGCCGUACUUUUGGCCCUCAAAUCAGUGGGAGCCUGAAAAUACGGAUUACGCGGUAUACCUCUGCAAGCGAACAAUGCAGAACAAGGCGCGUUUAGAACUGGCUGAUUAUGAGGCAGAGUCUUUGGCGCGAUUACAGAAGAUGUUCAGCAGGAAAUGGGAGUUUAUAUUCAUGCAGGCAGAGGCUCAGAGUAAAGUUGAUAAAAAAAGGGAUAAGUUGGAGAGGAAAGUUCUGGACAGCCAGGAGAGGGCAUUCUGGGAUCUUCAUAGACCUAUGCCCGGAUGUGUGAACACAACUGAAUUGGAUCCAAAGAAACUGUCAAGGAUUAACGCGUUAAAGGAAAAACGGCUUCAGCUAUGCAGAGAGCUCAUCACGCAGCACAAUUUGAAGAACAACCCAAUAGUAACAAUCACGAACCCUCAAGAAAGCGAAGAGGCCAUACAGAAGAAUUCUGAGGCCGUUAAGGAAAAUGGCGAAUCGUCCCACUCUGAACUGGCAACACUGGAGGGUGACAAGCCGAGUAUUGAAGCACAGAUUGAAGCGGCUAAACGACAAGUUGCGGUUUUGAAGGCGCGACUCGAGAGACGAAACGUUCGCGUCAGUAAGGUUGCAGAAAUAUUCAUAUCGUACUGCGAGCAAUAUGCCGAGUAUGACGCGUUCCUGACUCCACCGGAGUGGCCCAAUCCAUGGAUAAGCGAUACCACGGAGCUGUGGGAUCAAGAGAAGCAAUGUAAAGAACCACUUCCCCUCCGUCGCGUCAGACGCUGGUCGUUCAACCUUCGGGAACUGCUCCGUGAUCCUCCAGGCAGGGAUCACUUCGCGAAGUUUCUCAAUAAGGAAUUCAGUGGGGAAAAUCUCAACUUCUGGUUGGCCGUGCAAGAGUUGAAGGCUCUCCCGAUAUGUCGCGUGGCCUCUCGAGCUCGGGAUAUUUGGAAGGAGUUUCUCGACUCCAACGCACCUUCGCCCGUUAAUAUUGAUGCUGCGAGCAGGGAACUAACUCGUGUGAGAGUGGAGUCUGGCAAACCGGAUAGAUAUUGCUUUGAUCAGGCGCAGGCUCACGUGUACCAUUUAAUGAAGUCUGACAGCUAUUCAAGAUACCUCCGCUCGGAGAUGUAUAAGGAUAUAUUGAAUGGAUCAAAGAAAAAGACAUCCGUAAAAGGUAUACGUUCAAUCGUGUCAUUCACCGGAAGAAAGGAAACGUCCUAUUAAUGAAUUGAAAAUUUAACUUGAAAAUCGGAUUAUACUAAGUUGGAAUUGCUGAUGUGAUUUCUUUGGCGCUAUCAAGAUUCUACUGAUAAGUUUUCAUUGAGAAGAGUUUGGCAUGUGUCAAAUGUCAGUGUCAAGUCAAGGUAUAGUUGAAGUCAAUUGUCAUCAGAUUGAUAUGGGAUUUAUGGAAUGAUCUCACGGAUAUUUAAGCAAUAUUAAACUUUUGGAUGUAGUUUCUGUCGAUUUUCAAACAAUAUUAUAUUAUUUAGAAAUAUAUAGUGUAAACUCUUUUAUCGACUGUCAAGGGACUGCGCAUUUCGACGUUUCAAAGAUUUAGAGGGGAAAGAAAAAUCUGUAUUAGAAAGUUUUAUUUUAGACUAGUGUUAGUAAUUACAUAAAUAAAUAAUAGUUAAAAAAAACUAAAAAACACGCUUUUAAAGCACA